AUGAACUUUGCCCCUAUACUCGUCGCGCUCUGCCUGGCGGUGCUCUCCACCGCCUGGCCUUCCCUCCACUUCACAAACAACAAAACCUUCCAUAUCACAAUUUUCGAGGACCUGCAUUUCGGUGAAGGACCGGACACUGAUUGGGGCCCUUCUCACCAUGCGAAGACCCUGGAUCUCAUGCGAUAUGUGCUGGAGGACGAGUCCCCAGAGCUCGUGGUGCUCAACGGGGACUUGAUCACAGGCGAGAACACCUUCAAACAAAAUGCGACAGACUACAUGGACAAGAUUGUGGCGCCUAUUGUGGGAGCUGGAUUGCCAUGGGCAUCCACUUACGGCAAUCAUGACUCCGAUGUCAACCUAACCAGGGAAGCCAUCUAUGCUCGAGAGAAGACAUACGCCAACAGCUUGACAGGAUUCGAGGUCAACCAGAACGGUGCUGGUGUCUCCAAUUACUACCUCCCUGUCUAUCCCAACGACACCUCCACGAUCCCUGCAAUGCUCCUUUGGUUCUUCGAUAGUCGAGGCGGCCGAGUGCAAGACCAGGAUGGAUCAGCCGCGGACCAGCCUGAUUGGGUGGACGGAAGCGUCGUGUCUUGGUUCAAGGAGACCAGAGACAAUCUCGCCAGUACUUACGGGGCAUCGCUUCCAUCGCUUGCCUUUUUCCACAUCCCUCUCAGCGCUUCGGCAAUUUUCCAACCAUCCGCGAUUAAUUCGAACACAUCGCCGGGAAUCGAUGCAGAAGGUUCGUUCCCCGGGCAAGGCACGAGCAAUGACGGGCCAUUCAUGCAGGCUUUAUUGGACACCAAGAAUCUGACAGCUGCCUUCAGCGGUCACCAGCACGGCAACGACUGGUGUUUCAAGUGGGACAAGAAGCUUAGUGGGAUGAAGCUGACUGGCAAUGGAUUGGACCUCUGCUUGAGCAGGCAUACGGGGUACGGAGGGUAUGGAAAGUGGACGAGGGGCUCUCGUCAGAUUCUUGUGAGCCUUGGGUCACUCGGAAGCUCGAUUGAGACGUGGAAUCGCCUUGCAGAUGGGAGAGUCACGGGGUCAGUGACGUUGAAUGCCACAUUUGGCACAAAUGAAUAUCCCUUGGUACAAUCUUGA